AUGGGAGCUGGUGCAAGCACUCCUUCGACUCCUCCUGCGGACUCUGCUCCGGCCGCAACAUGCCCAGUCGACCACAAAACCCGUGAGAUCUGGCUGCAGCAAAACCGGGGCUCGGGCGGUGCUCCUCAUCCUCAUCCUUCUCCCGCUGCUCCCUCCGAUGAAGAUACGAAACCUCAAAAAUCACAAAGACCACUUUCUGGCGAUCGUGAAGUGAGCAGUAUUCCCCGGGCCGUCGAUCCCGGGCUCAAGCAAUCUCCCGAAGCAUCCGCAGCUUCUUCGUCCCCAUAUUCAACGGCAGUCCCAUCACACGGCUCCCCAUCGAAUGCCGAGUCCGAGACAGGCCAUGACAAGGCUUCGGGCAACUGGGUCUAUCCCUCUGAGCGGCAAUUCUUUGAUGCGCUCAUGCGCAAAGGCAACACCCCCGCAUCCACCACGUCCGCUUCCGAAUUGGCGACAUCGGUAGCAUCCAUCAUCCCUAUCCACAAUGCUGUCAAUGAGCGUGCUUGGCAGCAAAUAUUAGAUUGGGAAAAGAAGGCUCCCUCAUCAGACCCGGGGAGUAAGAAGUGCGGAGGCCCCAGGUUGUAUUCAUUCCGUGGCUUGGGAGUCGACCCGCAGUAUUUGAGUCCUCGCGCGCGCAUAAACGGAUUUCUGGGCUAUCAAUUGCCGUUUGAUCGACAUGACUGGGUGGUCGAGCGCUGUGGUGGGGAGAGAAUUGAGUAUGUGAUUGACUUCUACCAAGGAAAGUCAACGGGAGGGAAUGGCGAUGCGACCGGGUUGGCUGCCAAAGCUGCACCUGGGAAGUUGAGCUUCUUUCUGGAUGUCCGGCCCAAGAUGAACACCUAUGAGGGCUGCAGGAUGAGAUUCAGUCAGUUCACCGGGCUAUAG